GAUGAAUAAAAUGAGCGAACUAUCCCCCUCAAUGAGGUAGGAAAGGGUUAACCUUCCCAGCUGCUUCCUGUUGAGGAUCAAAGGGGGAGACCUAUUCUUAUGGACCAAACCCCAUUGAGCUUCCCACUCCUCUCCUUCCUCCCAAUCCAGCAGCAUCUUUUAUUCCUUUGCAAAGGUUGAGAAAAAGGAUUCCAUGCAAUGAGGUCUUGGCUUUUCUGCAUGGCUUUGGUGGAAGGCCUGGCCUUGCUGGGCUUGGCUUUGCAGAGCCAGGAAGGGUCCUUCUUCCUCAAGGCUUUAAACCUCAAAGCCCGGCCUAGGCCGAGGCCUCCAAGCAACACUACGCAUUCGGUGCCUCCUUUGCUCUGGAAGAUCUUCCAAAGGAAAAACAGAGAAAAGGAGGCCAAGGGUGAUGGAGGCUGCUGGCUGGAGGAGUUCAACGCCCCCGGAAACAUUGUCCGCCUCUUUGCAGAUCAAGGUGGCUCCGUUCACCUCCAGGAGCCCCCCUUAUGCCUGCAGAAGAGGCUCUAUUUCAACCUCUCCGCUUUGGAGGUGGGUGAGACAGUGACAGCGGCCCGGCUGGAGAUACGCUUUCGCCAGAACCGCUACCGGGCGGCCUCCACCUCCUUCGAUCUGCGGCUCUUCCGGGUGACUCGGGCGUGGCUGAAGGGGAUGUCUGGCCACCCCCACAGCCGCCGGGCCUUACUCUCACAGUCCUUCCUUCACGUCCACAAGUCCUUUGCUUUUGACGUGACCCUGGUGGCUGGCGAAUGGCAGACGCCAUCUCAGAACUUGGGCCUGGUUCUGGAGAUCGCCGCCCAAGAUUGCUCUGGUCUGGACUCCUUCCUGGAGGCCUCCCUCUUCGUGGUCUCGCUCUCCUCAGACCAGGACCGCUGCCGGAGCCCCCGGAAGAAACGUAGCGCUUACUACGUCCCGCCUGCCACUGGCGCCAAUGUCUGCAAGCCCCGGCGGCUUUACAUCGGCUUUGGCGACGUGGGCUGGGAGAACUGGAUCAUUGCCCCGCAAGGUUACCAGGCCAACUACUGCCUGGGCGAGUGCCCCUUUCCACUGACCGAGGAGCUCAACGGCACCAACCAUGCCAUCCUCCAGACCAUUGUCCACUCCUUGGACCCCCAGGGCACCCCCCAACCCUGCUGUGUCCCCGUCCGCCUCUCGCCCAUAUCCAUCCUCUACUACGACAAUGACGACAAUGUGGUGCUGAGGCAUUAUGAGGACAUGGUGGUGGAUGAGUGUGGGUGCCGCUAGGCUAGGCAUGGGCAAACUUUGGCCCUCCAGGUGUUUUGGACUUCGACUCCCACAACCUGGAGGGCUGAAGUUCACCUAUGCCUGCAUAUUCAGGUGCCAAAGGGCAGCUCCUCUCCCCGUCAAAGGCUGGACGUACAUUAUGAGACCCUUUUACUGCUAUGUUCUGGCCCUAUAAUGCCCCCACUCUUAACAUAGCUAUUUCCUUGCUUUAUGGGGAACGCAUCCGUCUCGUUUUCUCAGAUUUACCAUGACAAAUAGUAUAGGAAAACAUCGGACGUGUCCCUGCUCUCUGAUAUACACUCCGACACUAUCGUGUCGAGAUCCCUCAAUGGGAAGUGUUACAUAUGUGACUCUUGGCUUUUAAGUCCUGAUUCUUCCCCUCAAAAAUGGCCCAUUCCCCCAGGUCUUCUCUUUUAAGAUACAAUACAAGAGGCAAUUUUCACAAUGUUUGGAGAGUCCAGUGUCAACCCUCGAUUUCCUUCCCUUUAGUUCUCAACCUUGACCAAAGAAUAAUAGUUCUUGCUCCUAUACCAAAUGUUUUGUUCAAACCCAAAUGUGCGUGUUUUGAAACUUGUGAAUAUUUCCAUACGGUUUUAAAAUAUCAUGUUUACCUCAAUGGUUUGUGUUGAAGGAAUGGCGUUAGAAGCUCCCUUGCCAUAACUGGCCCAAGUGAGGAGAGCGGCCACAUCCUGUGGGAUUUUCAUACCUUUUAAGGGGUUAAGUUCCCUCUGGCUAUGUAUUAAAGGCAUCGUUUGUUCUAAUAAA